GUGUCAUCCCGCCCUUCAUCAUGGGAAUUAGAUACUCCACGCCGGCCCCUCCCACAGAGCCCUGGCCUCAAUAUGUGGACCUGGACACUACAGCCAGUAUGAAAGAGCCCAUACAGGCAAAGGUCACGGGCACCAUCCCCCGCUGGGUGUCCGGCUCCCUAUACCGCAAUGGCAGCGGCAUCUUCAAGAUGGGCCAAGACCGGUUCCCCUGCCUGUUCGACGGUUACGCCGUCAUCCACCGGUGGUCAAUCCAGGACGGCUCCGUCACCUAUAUGUCCACGGCCCUCGACUCCGAGCUCUACAAGAAAGCGGUCAAGCAUAACAGGCUCGUUGGGGAGGGGAUUGGAGCCAGUUUCCCCGAUCCUUGCAAGACCAUCUUUAACAGUUUCUUCAGCUACUUCAUGCCCUACAUCGACUAUGACAACUCCUACAUCAGCAUGUUUGAGAGGGGAGACAAACUGUUCGCCCUGGCAGAAAACACCAUAGUUCACGAGGUCGAUAGGAAGACUCUCAAGUCUGACAGGAAGAGAAACGUUGACAAGGUUCUUGCUGUCCACUCUGGUACCGCCCACCCACACAUCGACAGAGAAGGCAAUAUGUAUUACUACGGAACAAACCCAAACAACUUAAAUAAACUGUACAACUUUGUCAAGGUUCCACCGGCAAAGAAGGGAGAAGAUCAGUUCGCCAACGCUGAGAUCGUGGCUUCUCUGCCCAGCCGCUGGAAACUGAACAUCGGCUACGCUCACUCCUUCGGCAUGACGGAGAACUUCUUCAUCCACUUUGAACAGCCCUUGGCCCUGAACGUACCCCGGAUGUUGUGUAUGGGUCUCUUAGGGGCGGGGCUCGAGUCCACUUUGGUCAACUACACCUCAGAACCGAUCCAGAUCCACGUGGUGAACAGACACACUGGGGAGAGGGUACCCAUCAAGUACAUCGCUCCUCACGGCUUCAUCUUCCACUUCAUCAACUGCUACGAGGACUCCGGCUUCGUCGUUGUGGAUGUUGUCUGGAACAACAGCACCUCGCCAAUCAAAGACUUCUACAUAGACCAGCUUAUGAAUGCCCAGAAACACAAGUUCCCACUAGACACCGGUUUUGCACGAUUUGUCCUGCCUCUCAGCGUUCAAGGGAUUUAA